GAGAACAUAAAAAACCUUGAUAGGAGGGAGGAGUGACAGCAGUUGAGCCGCGACGAGGAAGAGGUUAAAGAGAAGCCGAGAGAAAAAAUAGCCUCCUUGAAAAUUUACCCCCAGCCUUUGGAUUUAUCGUUUUCACUGUCAUUUGUCUAAUUGGGACUGAUUAACCCGCUGCGAGAGAGUUUCCCAUAGAGAUUCUGGGAGUGGACAGGGAAGUACAACCUCCUUUUACUCCGAGCCCAGGGAAGAUUCAUCCAGCUCUUCGUCAUGUCUGCUCCUGGUUACCCGGGCCCUUACAACAACGCACCCUACCCCAUGGCUCAGCACGGCGGCCAAUCCGUAGCCCCUUAUCCCACUCCACAAGGGGGGUACGGAGACCCCAAUAACGCCCCUCCACCAGGCUUCAACCCGGGCUACAACCAAGGCCCGUCUCCUGUCGUGUAUCAGCCAGGCCCUGUUCAUGAGUACGGUGCCCCCCCGGGAGCCAUAGCCCCCGCUAUGUCACCUGCUGCCCCUAUCGGUGUCCCCCCGGGGCUCGAAUACCUCACACAGAUUGACCAGAUCCUGAUCCAUCAAAAAGUGGAACUCCUAGAAGCAUUCAUUGGGUUUGAGACCAACAACCAGUACGAGAUAAAGAACAGUUUGGGCCAGAAGAUCUACAACGCCAAAGAGAAGAACGACUGCUGCACCAGGAACUGCUGCGGCUCGCUGCGCAGCUUCGACAUGAAGAUAAAGGACACCAUGGACAGGGAGGUGAUCCGCCUCAUACGGCCUUACCGCUGCGUGUCCUGCUGGUUUCCCUGCUGCCUGCAAGAGAUGGAGGUCCAGGCACCGCCGGGCACCACAAUAGGCUACGUCAAACAGGACUGGCACCCCUGCCUGCCCAAGUUUUCCAUCCAAGGGCCUAACAAGGAGACUUUGCUGAGGCUGGACGGGCCCUGUUUCGCCUGCAACUGCUGUGGGGACGUCAACUUCGAGCUGAAGGGUAAAGAUAAUGACCAGCCGAUUGGUCGCAUCAGUAAGCAGUGGAGCGGCCUUCUGAAGGAAGUCUUCACAGACACAGACAACUUUGGCAUCCAGUUCCCGCUGGACAUGGACGUGAAGGUGAAAGCUGUCCUCAUGGGCGCCUGCUUCCUCAUUGAUUUCAUGUUCUUCGAGAAGGUCGGGGAGGCCAACCAGCGCAGCUCCGUGUUUUCAUAACAGAAAAAAGGAAAGGGGAAACAACAGCAGGAGAGCAGUUGCCAAUUAUGGAUUCAAAUUUUUUCCAUUUGUUUUUGAAAUCAUUCCGUCCAUCAGAUCCCAGCCAAAACAGUGCCAAUCUAGCAAUCAUUUUACACUCGGACCUAAAAGUGCUAAAGAACUCUGAAUCCAGUCAUGGAUUGUUUUGUAACUGUUUCCACACACAAUCACUCAAUGAUACUGCGGCCAUGUUGCUAAGUUCAUUACACUCCAUACAGUGUGUAGUUUGAUCUAUUUUAAAUAAAUGAACUAGCUACCUCAAGCUGAGAUAUUAUCUCUGCCAAAAACUGUCAACUUAACCCCUCAAUGCCUUUUCAGUGCCUACGUUUAGAAAUAACAAACAGUGAACAUGUGUUUAAAUGUGCUUUAUGCUUCUCUGGCAUUGACAUUUCAUACUUAUGCCUUAUCAUCCCACUUCACUAUUUGUUUUUAUGAAAAAAAUAACUAAAGUAAGUGCAAUACUAUGGUGGCUUUACUCUUUGCCUUUUUAUUUUUAGCUAUGCUAUCGACUACUUUGUGUUUCUUGCUAAUAAGCAUGUAAACGAGCUAACUAAGAAAGUGAACGUGGUAAACAUUUAACUUGCUGUAUCUGUUAGCAUUGGCAUUGUGAGCAUGUUAGCAUUAGCUUUCAGCUAAAAAGAACUGCUGUGCCUUCGUCACAACAAAAGCUUUAUAUAAAAUAUAUAAAUAUAUAAAACUCCAUCAUUAGCGAGAGUAAACAGGCACAUUAUUCAGUGUGUGUAGGGAAGGUGGGGUUAUGUUAGCAGGAGUGGAAAGACGUUUUAUUAUUGACAGUAUUUACCAAAGCACUCUUUCUCUCAGCUGCCUUUCUUUCUCUCUUAGUAAACAUAUAUUACAAGCAUAGGCUGCACUGUAAAUGCUCUAAUGCUUCUUCUGUGGUUAGCUGGUUGCGUCGGAAACGGAAACCACAACCAGACCUUUCCCUCCAAUUUUUCCAGAUGUCACUGCCUUGAACAUGUGCCAGUGAACUGAUAUAAGAGUGUAAGCAGGAAUAUCUUGACAAAAGGAUGAAAAGAAAGUAAAUAAAAAGCAGAAACGGAGGUUAAUGAGUAUUAUUUUGACCUCGCAGUGGUUGGAAAACCCUCUUCGGUGCCAGGUUUCAGGAAAAACUGUGUUUCCGUAGUUUUGUGUUGAAGAAAGAGACUUACAUGUGAAAAUAAUCUGUUAAAUAGUAAUGUUAUCUCACUUAACCGCUGUGCUUUAGGAUUAUCUAACAAUUGCAGGUUAAUGUUUGGAAAUGGCUGUUGAAUGCAACGCUCUGUAAUGAAUCAUUUUAAUUGUUCUCGUGAGAUAACAUGAGUGUCUCCAGUGAGGGUUGGUUGCCACUAGUGCUCUCAUAUGUAUGUACUGUGUUUUAUUUACGUGUAUGAUACCCUCAGCCUUUGAGCCUGCUGAUCUUUUGAUAAGGAAAGAAAAAGACGCCAAAGGACGCACAUUACCUUUACUUUGUGAUUAUUUCUUCUUUGUCUGAUGUUUAAAUUCAACACUUGCUUUUUCUGUGGCAUCAGUUCCCUGUUUCUAUCUUCAUUUUAUACAAUUUAUUAUGUCAAUAUCAUUUUUCUACAGAUCAAACAUACCCUGUCCUUAUAUAUAAAUUAUAUAUAAAUAAAACAUAAGCCAUUUAA